AUGACGGAUGACAAGGUCAACGCCAGCGAAGCUGAGAGAGGAGAGGAGAGAGGAGAGGAGAGAGGAGAGGAGAGGAGCCACUACGCCGCAUCCCGCCUAGCGGUGGACGCUUCGGACAGCUUCCCUGCCCUUUACAGCGAGUCACGCACCGAUAUUAUCUUGGCUUACCUAUCUCCAUACAGUGCCAGGCAGCCCUGGGAAACGCCGGAUAAUGGAUGGUUCGUGGAGACAGCGGAUGUCACAAACCAUAGUGCUCAGGCUGGUACAACUUACCCGGAAGAGACAGGUGGAUGGACUGUACGAGACUCCAUCCCAUCCUCUGCCCUCUCCUCCGCUCUGUUCCCCGACGUGUUCUUCCCCGCUUGCAUGAUGACGGCGAUGCACUUGCCACUACGAAAUAAAAAUAAACUCCAAGCUCCAAAAGUCCUGAAACCGUCAGCAGCAGAGCCUCCAUGUCAUCCCCCAGCCAAUCCCGUCAUGUCCUUGGCUCAAGACUCCAGCGUCAUCCUUUUUUUCUCAGAUGUCUCCCAUGAUUAUUCCCUGAAAAUCCCGUCCUAUGGUUGA